UUGCUCCAGCUAUUAUUUUUCAAUGUAUAUUGAAUUCACUCUUUCUCUUUGGUUUUUCUUUGUGGAUUUCGUUUUUGAUUAUUUUGUUUUGAUUUUGGCAAUGGCUAUGGGGAAGCUUUUGUCGCAGCGUUUGUUCAACAUCUCUAAGAUGUCGUCGCAAGGUCUCAUGAACUGUCGAAUCUCGUCGUCUUCGUUAGCCGUGCGGACCAGGGUUCCCAACGAUCCAGGAGAAGCCACGGUUGAUCCGAAGCCUGGAGAUGUGUCGGUGUCACGGAGGUUUUUGCAGAACAUCACCGUGAACUGGAUGGAUACGACUCUGAAGAAGCCUGUUGGGGAGAGUUUGAUUGAUAAGCUUCGAGAGAUGGAUGUGAACAAGGGCCGGAUUCGAUUAGACGGACUUUCACCUCCGACGAAACCUGCAGCUGCGGAGGAGACGGUGGCUUUGGGGCUUACCGUGCAAGACGCCAAGAAGUUGCUUAGAGCUGCGCAGAUUGAAGUCGUGAAAACGAAGCUGAUGGAGACAGGGCAAAGCUGGAUCCCUUACUCUGAUUUCGUCAGCGUCUGCAAUGAUUCUUGUUCGGAUCCUGCUCAUGGAAGUUGGAUAGGGAAGAUGCUUGAUGAUUCAGGAAACGUCAUCGUUCUGGGAGAUUAUGUUUGCUUGAGACCUGAUCAGGUAACCAAAUCCAUUGAGGGCCUGCUUCCCUUACCACAGAUCCGUAACCCAAACGGCCCAAGAAGAAAGGAGCUAAAAGAGCUUGAAGCCAUAAAGAAGGUCAUUGACCAGAAAUCACAUUCCUUGGUGAGGAGAGAGCUUCAGGCUGGUCUUGGUUACAUGAUCCUCCAGACCGCAUUGUUCAUGAGGCUACCCUUCUGGGAACUCACAUGGGACGUUAUGGAGCCAAUCUGUCUCUAUGUCACAGCUAUAUACUUCAUGGCCGGUUACUCUUUUUUCCUCAGGACCUCAAAAGAGCCUUCCUUUGAAGGGUUUUACCAAAGCAGGUUUGGGGAUAAACAGAGGAAACUGAUGGAGGCUCAAGAUUUUGAUGCUGGGAGGUAUGAUGAGCUGAAGAAGCUGUUUAAUCCAAAGCCUUCUUCAGCUUGUGUUUCCAAGAUUCUUGGAACUAGACAGAAUUAAUCUUUGAUGAAGGGCAUAUUGUUACAUACCGUGAUGUCUCAUUGUCCUAACCCGAGAAAGAUAUUCUAUUAACAACCCAAAAACUGUGAAAGAAAAGAAAGAAAACAAAGUAUUCGGAUAGGUGCGGCUUAUGUUAACAUUUGGAAGAGUAGAUAAAAUAUCUAAUAUGAUGUAUACGUAAUAAAAAUAUCGUAACUAUUAUCAUAGUUUUUUUUCUAACAAAAUAUCCAUGCAUAUGAACUUCGAUUUCUAAAGUGUGAAGUUCUUAAUUUUUUAAUU